AAAUUGUAGGUGGGCGUGUGGUGUUUCUCAGUGCUUCUUCCAGAGCGAUUAACAACGAUGCUGUGGCUUCUCGCGGUGGUGUUGGCGUUGGCGAGUGUCUCGUCGCCGUCCUUGGCGCAGGACGCGGUUCCAGCUGAGGUCGCCGUCGCAGCUCCUGCCGUGGCGGAGGAGCCCGUUCCCGCGAAGGACUCGGCCGCGGAGGAGGGCGGCGCCGGCACCGAGGUGGCGGAGGUGAAGGACGGGAUCCAGCUCAAGGACGGGGACGAGCGCCUCUUCUUCGGCCGCUUCUCCACCACCACGUACACGGGCGUGGCCGUCACCACCUCCACCGUGUUCUUCUCGUGCCUGCUGGGCACGGCGUCCACCGCGUGCCAGGGCCGCCGCCGCCGCACCAAGAAGAACGUCAAGUUCGAGGCCUCCGCCAGCUCCUACGUCGACGCGGGGCUCGAGGGCAGCCAAGUCCCCGCGGAGGUCGGCGAGAAGGACGAGGCCGCCGCCGAGGACCAGUCCAAGAUAUUCGUGAACGUCUGGACCACCUCCAGGACCUCCACCACCGUCACCGUCCUGUACACGAACACCUCGACCACGCUACGGAUCUCGCUGUUCUGCGUCGCCGGCUUCGUGCAGCUGCCGCAGUUCAACUGUGUUAACCCGUAGGUGGCGAGGUCCGCUCAUGACGUCGUGUGCCGUGCCCCUUAGUGUGUAGUUCUGAUUGUGUAUAUGUGGAGGAGAUUCCAAACAAAUAUAUAUAUUUAUGUAUGCAUUAGCAUAUAAAAACAA